GAAUUGAGUUCAGACGCAAAUAGUUUGUUUGAUGUGCAACCAAAGAACGUUAAUAAACUGGUUUUCUCACAAUUACAAAAUUAUGAAACUAAGUUGCACUUUGCUAUCAAUUUCGGUUCUAUUUCAAUGCGCAACCGCUUGGACCAGUUUUGAUAGUCUGGGUGGAGGUGUAAUUCACGUGGCAUCGUCAUCAUGGGGUCCGGGCAGAAUGAACAUUUUUGGUAUUGCUAAUAACGGACAAGUCUACCAUAGAUCGUUUAGGAGUGGUAUCUGGUCCGAUUGGGAAAGUUUAGGCGGAUAUACUCAACUGAAACCAGCUGCAUUUUCGAUUAAACCGAAUUGGGUCGACAUCGUUUAUACCGGACCGGAUCAAAUGUUGUAUCGAAAAACGUGGAAUGGAUUGGCUUGGAACGAUUGGAGACAGAUCACGAAUGAAGGCAAAUUUAUAUACGGUCCAACUUUAACAGCGAGUCCAGUGGAUACUACAAAUCUUCACGUGUUUGGUGUAUCUAAAAAUCGGGCACUUUAUCAUUGCGUAAUCGAUGUAACCAACGACCAGUCGUCAUUAUGGGAAGAUUUAGGCGGUGAGCUUGUAGGAGAACCAGCAGCAGUUUCAUAUGGAAGCAAUAGAUUUGACGUAUUUGGUGUUGCAUACGAUAAUCGAAUAUGGCAAAAGACUUAUGACUACGGCUGGAGGGAAUGGAAGGUUCUCUAUGGCGGUCAAUAUAAACCAGGAAUUGGAGUAGCAUCUAAGGGACCUGGAAGCAUAAAUGUGUUUGGUAGAGGUCUAGAUGACACCAUUUACUAUCGUUCAUAUGGAAACGGUAAAUGGCACGACACUGAGAGAAUGAGGGGACAAGUGAGAGGUAGUAUGUCUGCCGUUGCAACUGGGUCAACUCGAGUCGAUGUGUUUGUUGCUGGAGAGAGUGACGGGGCUGUGUAUCAUAGUUAUUUGGACUCAAAAAGUGAUAAUGAUCCGACUGAUUAUGGCUGUUACAGAGGAUUUUGCUGGACCAAUUGUAGUACCGUAGUUGCUGAUGAAGUAAAAAGAUCCGAAUGGUGUUACACAACAAAGGGAUUUAAUCGAGACUUCAAGUACGUUUCGUGCGAAGGCUUCGAUAGCUGCCAAAACAACUGGAAAUGUGCAGGUUCAUGUAUGGUUUAGACACAAUCGCCAAUUAAAUUUUAAUUAACCAAGCCAUUUUAUGACAAAAAAUAAAUAAAUUUGGAGUUAUACCAUUAACCAGCACUAGGA